ACGCCCAACCGCUUCACGGCAGUUCCUCGUUCCUGGGACUAGGAACGGUAGCUUCUGUUUGCUCUGAGCAUUUGUAGGCAGUUUUCUGUAGACAAAUCACCUGGGAAAGAUUAGCUAAGUUCGCGGGAUGGGUGCUAACAUUUAUGGAAAAACAAGAGAUUGGUUGGAGCGGGUCAGACCGUUUUAACCAAAAUUUUUGAGACAGAAGUGCGCUGUUUUUUUUAUUGACUAAUUCAAUUGAUGUAGGUAGAGUGAUCGAGCUUGUGGUCAAUGAAAAACUUUCCAGAUGGAGAAAUUACAGUUUGGUUGAAUGGUGUGCCUUAAUCUUUUGAGAGAGAGAGAUGAAAAAAAAAUCUUUCAAUUUUUCUUACAAAUGGAACUUUUACGUAUUCCAACUUUUAUUUGUUAGAGAUAUAUAUGACAUUAACAGUUAUACAGCGUAGUACAAUACUCUCUACUUUUUACUUGGAGCAGUUAUUGAAACUUGAAAGCCUCAAGGUUAUCAUUUUCUGAUACACCGAGAAUUUCCGAACCUUUUUAUUUGUUUAUUUCUUAUCUAAAAUAAUUUUUAUCGCAUGCGCUAAAGCUUUAUAAGUGCCUGACUCUGGCGUUCUUUCCAUUUUUUAUGGGCACCUUGCAGCCCUUUUGUGCAACUCCGCCGAUGGAACAAGUUCGUGAGUUGAUGAACCACUGUGCUGUACCAUCAACGUCUGACACUACAGCUACAUCUGUCCCUGGUCCAGGAGUAGGCCCCUCCGGGGCUCCCCCACCCUCUCUUGUACCCACGGGAUGCCUUGGAAAUCGCAUUAUGUCACGUAACAUGAAUGGUACAGGUUAUGGCGGGAGGAUGUACGGAGAACAUCACAGCGCCCCCUGCCGACAACCAGUUGCGAUGACGUCACAACCCAUGAACGAAUCAGAAUUGCAGUUAUACAGAGUCCUACAGCGAGCUAACCUUUUGUCGUACUAUGACACAUUUAUAUGCCAAGGUGGAGACGAUGUCCAGCAGCUUUGUGAGGCCGGGGAAGAGGAGUUUUUGGAAAUAAUGGCUUUAGUUGGGAUGGCUAGUAAACCAUUGCAUGUGCGGCGUCUCCAGAAGGCAUUACAAGAGUGGGUGAACAAUCCUGCCAUAUUUCAGACACCUCUCGUGCCCGCCUUGCCCCCAAAUCAUCCAAGUCAUCUUAUGAAUUCUCUAACAGCUUCCAACAGGGCGGGUCCCGGCCACUGUCCUAGCCUUGGAGCUCCCGUCAACCUAUCCCAGUCUUCGAGAAUGACAAUUCGGCCCAGCCCCCCUAUAUCCAUUCUCCCCAACACUAGCAGUCAUUCAUCCCCUUCACCCGGUAGAAAGGAGGUACCGUCUCCCAGUCAGACAUAUGUGACGUCUCAGCAACACCAUCAGCACCACCAGCAACAUCAACAUUUUUCUCAGUUGCAACAACAACAACAACAACAUCAUCAAAUUAGCCAGUCAUAUCAACAGGGUACAGGAGAGUACGGACAACCGGGUUCCCCCAUUUCCCUAACACCAGUUCUUGUUGAAACUCAAAUCCAGCGGUUAGCGGAGGCAGCAGAGAUGCUGGUCAAGACCUUGCCACCUUUAGAACCUAAACCUCAAAAUAACAAGAAGAAGAUUAGUAAAGAAUUAGAGUAUGUGAUGAAUAUGCCCGAUGAUGAUGCUCGAAGGAUGGACGAAAUGAGGAAGUAUGCUGCAAUAUAUGGACGAUUCGACUGCAAGAGAAAACCAGAAAAACCGUUAACAUUACACGAGGUUUCCGUGAACGAAGCCGCUGCUCAGAUCUGUAAACACAUACCUGCCCUCCUCACCCGAAGAGAUGAACUUUUCCCCUUGGCCCGACAGGUGGUGCGGGACAGUGGAUAUCAGUAUUCAAAAGGCCAUUCCAGUUUUGAUGAUACUUUUAGGUCUCAGGGCUAUAGGUCUUAUGAUGAAGAUUCCUGUAAGCGACCCAGGCUGGAAUCGAGCCUCGCAGAUAAAGCUCAUUUAGAAGAAGAGAAGAAGAAACGACAGGAACGAAUUGAAGUAAUAGUAGAACAACUGAAGACCUUGGGAACCCAGCAGGAGGAACUAAAAGCUAAGCUGCAGCAGAGUCGAGAACUCCAAAACUAUCCAGGAGUCACACAGACUCAGCGACAGUUGGAGCAACUCUCCACCCAGCAAAUGCAACUCAUUAAUGAACAGAGUGAACUGAACAAACAGUUGAAGCGACUGGAGAGGUUCUCUUAUAGUGGUAGGGGAUAUGGACAUCUUUCAAACUGCUCUGAAUCAGAAAAACUUGACACUGAUGACACAGAUUCCCAGUUCUCAGCAUACAGCAACACCUCCUCCCCUCCGAUGAGUCAGGAAACCAAUGACUCCCCAUCACUGGACUUCAACCAUUCACUCCCAACUGCAGACAUGUUUAGUGCCAUGAAAAUGGUAUCUACCAGCAGGAAGACUAAUGCCCAAAUAACCAAGCAACUAGUUCAGGAAACACUUAUGGAUGAAGGGCUCCGGGUUGUCAAAGAACUUGCUAAUCAAAUAAAAGAUGAAAAUAACAGCUCUGUACCACACUCCAAAGUAGACCUUCACUCUGAGGAACAUAUGACUAAAGUGGAGAAGGAGUAUGUCAAUCAUUCCUCUGCUUCUACCAGCUCAUUAUCAGCUGUGACAGCCUCAUCAGGAAUUUCCAGUACCACACCUUCAUCUACUGUGCCAUUAGUAGUUUCGUCAACAGCACAAAAUGGCUAUGGGCUGGUCAGUUUCAAUGGACCAGUAUAAAACAAAAAUUAAGCUAUAGGAGAAGUUGUAGAACCAUUGUGUGUUGGAAGUAAUGGUGAAACUUAAUAAAUCUUCUAACUUUGAACUUGGUGUGCAAUAGUAGUGAGACUGUUAUAUGUGACAUAAGAAGAACAAGCAGCCUUAAAUUGGGGUUGACGUGUCUCUGAAUGGGUAUGCAAUACCCAGAAAGAAACUAUCUAGUAAAUAAAUUUAUUCUUUGUCAUCAUCUCAGAAUGUCUAUCUUCUGUUUAGAAACCAAUAAUAUCUUUUUAUCAGUUUUCUUCUUUAUAAUUACUGUGCUACUGAUCAGUAGUGCGUGUUGCAUCUUUGCAGACUUUGAGAGUCUAUAUAAUGUUUUCUUUUAUCCAUGUAAUAGUGCUACCUUUGCAGAAUGAUCACCUAUAUAAAGUGUGUGCAAUAAGCUGUGCACACGUACACUUCUUUAGAUUAAAUAAAGGUAAGACUUUUUCUUCAAGCCAAGCCAAACAAUGAGGCAAUAGUCAAAGGAGAAGCACAGAGAUGGAAUCUCAUCUGUGAUGUAUAGUUGUGGUUGUGAUUUGCUGUAGUGGUUAAAACAACUCUCCAGUGGCCAAUACUGGAAUUUAAACAUUUUAAAAAGUGUGCAUAUCUCUAAUUUUUGUCUUGUAAGGUCUGGUUUUAGACUUGAAACCUUGGAGACAAAAAACAAACUCAUAGAUUCAAGGAAAAUACUAAUAUUUUUUCUUGAUGUGGUUGUAAACUUAAUAUCAUAAUCAUUAAGGUACAGGUGUCAUAGUAUGAAAAUGAUCUGUUGUGCCUCUUGCUCCUGCAGUUAUUGUUUCUAUCAUAUCUGUUUAUUUUUGUUUCUUUUAAAGGAGCACAUGUUAUAUCAUUUAUGUUUUAUCUGUGGCCUAGUCAAGGCACAAGAAUCUAUUAAAUCAUUCAUCCAGAUUUUUUGCAUAAGGAUUUUAUUUUUGAAGAUAAUUUCAGUGGCCCAAUCUUAAUUUUUUUUUUUUCAUUAAAAAUCAAAAAAAAUUCUUGGUUAUUGCUUUGUACUGUUUAUUGAAAUUGUUUAUUUGCUUUUUGUUGUUCAUAUAGUAUUAAAUGAUUAAUGUAAGAAAGUGAGCAUUUGGUUAUAUACCAUAUUCCAUGUUGUAUUGUUAACAUUUUUUCUAUAAGUUUGGGUAAUGUUAUCUUUUUUUUAGUGCUAUUUUUUUGUUAACAUAUGUUGAACAUUUUCAAAAAUUAUUUUGUUGUGCAUGGCUAUAGACACUUCAAGAUGUAAUCUAAAGAGACUGAGGAGUACUUUAGCACACUUAAAUGACAUAUCUUUAAAAUUGGCACUUAUCGUUGUAAAAUAUACAAUAUUUGUGAAUCUUGAGAUCAUGACAGCAUCAUAAUUUGGGCCUUUUUAACUUAAACUUUAUAAACACUCAGAAAUUGAAAAAUUUAUUUGAAACAGAGAAUAUUAACACAUGUUGUACACAUUUUUAUAUAAUAGGCAAUCACUUAGUCAUUCUGUUCAACAGAAUGAAGAAAGAGAGUAUGUUAUAACGUUUUCAUCGAUGCUGAAGUGGCCCUUUGAUCCUAAACUUUGCUUGUCACUUAUUUCAAAAAAGGCAUUAUAUAAACAGGGUGAUAAACUGAAAGAUAUUUAGAUUGUUGUGAAACAUGGUAUUUGUUGUCAAAAUUUUGGUGCAAACUUGCUCUGUGUUUUUGGUGGAGAAAAAAAAAAUCCCUAUGAUAUCAGCCAUUAAGAGGUUGAAAAUAAUAUAGUGUAGGUGUGCAUGGUUUAAUAACCCAAUACUUUGUGUGAUACAGAAAUAAUAAUAAUUUUUAUUUUGUCAAAAAUGAUAAAAAAAAAAGUCCAGGUAUGUGAUAUAAUGUGAUACUUGUCACUCAUAGAAUUUUCCAUUAAAGUAGUUUUGUGGUGAAACCUGGUUUUAAUAAUUAAGAAGUAAAUAAUGGUAAAGAUGUUUUGUUUUGUUUGUUCAGAAAUUAGGUAAAGUUAAUAUGUGUAAGAAAGAAUAAUUUAUGAAAAACAACUUGACUUGUAAAGUCUCUUUUUGUGCAGCCACACUAGAUAAGAAUAACGAGAAAAGGAAGUGUAUGUAAUAUAUUGUACGCAAGUGCCAGGCCCGUUCGUUGCCUAUGCCACUUAACUCAAAUACAAAAACUAACGCUCCCCAAUAGCACAGCGGUAUGUCUGCGGACUUACAACGCUAAAAACCGGGUUUCGAUACCCGCGGUUGGCAGAGCACAGAUAGCUCAUUGUGUAGCUUUGUGCUUAACUACAAACAAAAACUAACAACUGGGAGGUCACACCUUAAUUACUAAAAUUCAAGUUAAAAACAAUAAAAAUAUUUGUAUUCUCCAGUUAUUCUUGAUUUUUAAUAAAUACUUGUUUACGUCGCUGUCUUAACAGUUAUACGCUUAAUUACGAGAUUUUAGGAAGUUAAUGUUCUCAGACGAAAUUUUAGGAAAUUAAUGUUCUCGGAAGAGAUUUCAGGAAGUUAACGUUAUCGGCUAACAACAAUUUUACUACUGCAGCUUUACAAUUCAGAGAUCGUAUUAAAUCUAAUUUUGCCCCCCAGUGGCACAGCGGUAUAUCUGCGGACUUACAACGCUAGAAACCGGGUUUCGAUACCCGUGGUGGGCAGAGCACAGAUAGCCCUUGUGUAGCUUUGUGCAUAAUUAAAAACAAACACACAAUAAAUCUAAUUUGACGAACCGACAGAGAUGCCCGACACAACUUUUGGUAUAACUUUAAAAUCGUUAGUUCAAAUCAUACGAAAAUUGUUUUAGUCUCCAUGCUUUUAUCUAUAGUCUACAUUAUUUAUAAUAAUAGCCAACAAUAACUGAAGAACUACGUGUUGAAUAAGCUUAUAGGUACCACCAUAUUUGAAAAUAGCUUUAAUGAUCUUAAGUCUGUGAUUGUUCAUCAGGAAUUUAAAAUAACGGCAUUUUAACCAUUUCAUUAGAUUUCAUCUGAAAAACAACAAUUCUUUGUCCUCACAAUAGUAAACAAAGGGCAGUUAAGAAAGUCUACUCGUCAAAAUUUUCUGAUCAGUUUAAAUUUGAUAAACAAGAAUCAUAGGUCGUAAACCAUAUUGAUUUCGAAGUAUUCCUUAGUUUUACGCAUUAUGUGCAAUUUUCAAAAUUUUAUAAUUUUUAUUUUAUUUUAUAAUUAUAGGUUAGAUGGUGCUUUUGUAGACAUAGUGUGUUAUACGCAAGUUUUGUGAUAAAUGUUAUGACCUAAGUUACGUGAUAAAUGUCCAAUAUAUAGAUUUAUAGGAUGGAGUUUGAAAUUUUCUUGUAAAUAAGUUUCAUCUAGUGUGGCUGUACAAAACUGAAUCCCAUUAUUAGUCACAAAAUGUGGCAUCCCAUGUGGCAAUCUCAUUGUAGGAAUUUCUGUGUUUAUCAUUGUUUGUAUGUGCAGAGUGUAGGCCUAGCCUUUUAUUAGUUGGCCAAGUGACCAAAGAUCUUGUAAGUUGUAUAAUUUGUUGUCUAGUAGAAUAGCUACUACGUAUUUUCUAAAUGCCAGCACACCAAUUAAUUAAGCUCUCCGUUUGUCGGCACGAUGAACAGUGUGUAUAGAAGAUAUGUUCACAGUGGCUGUAUUACUACUCGAUUAUAUAUAUAAAAAAGCUAUAGAGUCCGUUUUUGUAUGAAAAAAUACCUGCAUUGAGUCUUACUGUCUAAUUAUCUAGAAGAGUAAAUUGGAACAGAAAUUAAGUACUUAAGUCAUUACAAAACGUCUUUAUAAGAAACAAAAUGGCAUGUGUAAUGAAUAUAUCUUGUCAGUCGUUUUUUUUUUUUAUUAGCAAAAUAUUAAAGUGUGUUGAGAUAAAUG